AUGGGGGUGAUGUGGUCAAACUUUCUUGUAUUCGUCACUACUCGUGCUGCGAAAUUCUGGACUCCUUGAAGAUAGGAGUAUAUAUAGCCGUUUUGUUGACUUUUCGUUCUCUUAUUUCAGGAUACAACUGCGUCUACAAUUCUCAAAAGUGAAAAUAUUAAACAUCGUUCCAUUGUUCCUGCUCUUCCUAACGCAAACUUCAACCAAACUCCUCAUCGACGGCGACAUUCAGCCUCCAAAACGUUUGGUCAGUAAUUCUGGGGACGUUCGCAUAGGCUGUUUCGUUCCCGUUCACGUCAGGGAAUCCAACGAUACGUUGUGCGAAAUCCACCAUCCGGGGUUCUCGUACAUCCGCUGCUGGGAUGGCAGCAUAAAAUGCUAUAAGCUAAAUAGUCGGGGAGUCAUGUGGAGUGAGGCCAUACGAUUUUCUGUUUUAGCUUCAAAUCAGUUCUUGUUAAAUGGUAUGUAGCGUCCUGAUCAAGAUUAUCGACUAUGACUAUACACAAUUUAUAUAUUUAUACGAAAAGGAAGGACAAACUGCUGUUAUCAGAGUGAGAAAAUAAUGUUAAUCCCUUUCCCUGUAUGUAUUAGUAGUGUUGUAUUUAGUGGCGAAUAAGUAGAAUUUAGAGAUGUAGUCUAAUUUUCUCGCUCCUAGCUAUAAGUGUCAUCACUGCAUUUCGGUAGUUGACCAAUGACCACCAGCUGCUACGCCGUAAUGCUGACUGAGACCCAUCAUGCCCAUGCGCAAGUAGUGCUAAUUCAUUAAACUAUCUGCAUGUUAUCAUUACAGGUACAAAUAUAACCCUAGGUUAUGACAUCCGGGAUUCAGUCAAUAACGCCGAUGUGGCCCUAGACGCAGCCCUGGAUUUCACGACGCUCCGAAAAAGGCCUAAAGCGAGCAACAGUUUACGCGAAUGCGAGUGUUUCGAAAACACGACCCAGCCUUAUGUGGUCGCGUUAAUUGGUGGCGCACGUUCAGAAAUCUCUCAACGCGUGAAUACUAUCGUGGGUGCCUCGUCAUUACCACAAAUUAGUUACUCGAGUACCAGUGUUUCAUUGAGUAAUAAGACGAAAUACAGGUGCGUAUUAUACCUGUACAGUAUAUACGAUUCCACAAUCCACACAAACAUUUAGCUAACAAUAGUAAUAUUAUAAAACAUCCCCUAAGAGUAGUGGUUGGUACCUUUUUAAUUUGACAUUAAUCCUCCUAAAUCCUAAAUACUUUUUUGACACAAAAUGGUGUUUCAUUGCAUGAGUUCAGUUUGCCAAUCCAAUAACAUUAACUGGUAAGGACAGAAUGUCACGCGCUCGAGUGGGGAGCACUUGUGAUCAACUAAAGCUGGCAGGAGGAAAUUUGCAAUCUCAUCUUCUAAUGGUUGAAAUGAGUUUGUAAUUUGUUUCUUUCUAGUCAUGCACUUAUAUAUUUUUGAGAUCCCUAUUUAGAUAAUCGGUAAGUUCAGCAUCGAAUCGGUAAGUUAUGCAGGACGAGAAAAUUUCAGUAGAGUAAAAACCCGCAUAAAACAACCACUAUUUUUUAUGUCAGGCUGAUGUGAUUCUUAUCUUUUUCUUAUAUAAUCGAUCGACACUAGUUUUGGCAAAUUUAUGAGGAAAAAAAUUUCAUACGAAAAAAAUUAAGCUACUGGUUCUUUUAUGCAGGUUUUUACUGUAUCAUUUUUAAUUCACAUAAUCGUAAUUAUCAUUAUCGAGAUAAUCAUAUGAUCAUCAUAUUUAGAAUUGAUCCUCGUUAUUGCGGAUAUAUCUGCUGCCUUGUAACGCUUUACCGAAAUUAACCCACCAAUACACCCUUCCGGAAAGUACUUAGCUGUGGCUAUGGAGCCUCGUUUCUGUAAUUGAGAAAUUUGUUUUAAAGCCCUAAAUUCCUGUUACUGGUGAUAUAAUUGUAAGUAGAUCUUUCAUAUUCACUGAUGUAACUUCAUGGCUUCGUAAAUGUGCCACCUGUAUUCACCAUUCAAUAUCCAAUAUCUCAAUCACGAAAACGAGGUUCUAGCCUCUCUCUCCAAAACUUAACACUUUCCUGAAGGCUGUAUUGUCACUAACGACUAUUCUCUACUUUCAAAACCAUAGAACAUUCCUUCGUACCAUACCACCAGACAACUUCCAAGCCCGAGCAAUGGCGGACAUAGUCAAGAAUUAUGGUUGGUCUUACGUAGCGACAGUCGCCUCAGACGAAGUCUAUGGCCAUCUGGGUGUACAAGGUUUUCACGAAGAAGCGAGGAACAGAAACAUAUGCAUCCCAACACAACUACAAUUCCAUUUUAACACUAUCUCUGACGAUUCUAAGAGAGAUAUCAAAUAUAUAGUCAGUGAGUUAAAGGUGGACACGAAAACUAAUGUUAUAGUAUUAUUCUGUGACUGGCCUCAGGCUGUUGCAGUUUUAACUGAAGCUCAAAAACAAGGCAUGACUGGCAAAACGUGGAUUGCAAGCGAGAGUUGGGGAUUCAAUGAAAGGAUUUACAAUUUCGAUAUUUCCACUGUAGGUGGAGUGUUGGGUGUGGUCGCCCAUGAUGCCCGUUUGGAACUGUUCGAAAAACAUCUAGAUAAUCUUAAUCCUAAUACCACCAAUAACCCGUGGUUAAUAGAAUAUUUUCGCGCGAAGAGUUGUACAGUUGGGAAUAAGGAUGGUAAAAUAGAUCCAUCGCUGAACGCCACUACAAUGCAGAAGGAUCAAGCUUCUUAUGCAAUUGACGCAGUCUAUACGGUGGUCCUAGGUUUGUUAGAGUAUAUGAAGUGUGGUAAGACGGAUGGCGCAGAUUGUUUGAAGGACAUUGAUUUGGAAAAGUUGAAAGAGUUCAUGUUGAAGGUUAAUACUACUGGAAUUGGUGAAAGAUUAAUCAAUUAUGAUAAACAUGGAAAUCCUGGAGGUAUCUAACUCUUAUUUAUACUGCAUGGAUAGCUCCACAAUUUCUAAAUUGUUCUUCCUAGAGGUCCCGUAAGGAUCACCUGUUAUUUAGCCUGACAGUGGGUUCUCUCUAAUCUGUUAUUGGUCCAUUCUUACUAGUUUCAAACACUAGAUAGUGCUACUACCAGAAGAAUCAAAACUUGUGGUGUUUUUUAAAUUCAAACUGGAAGCAGUCUUCUCACAUGCGACUGAGAUGAAAGUUUAUGCAGACAUCUUCAUAUUGUAGAAAUCGAUCUCCCGGUCACAGAGUUAAAGAUAUACUACAUGUGUAUACUAACCACUGAGCCGAAAUUAAAUAUGACUUCCGAAAAUAUGUAAUAUCUUUCCAUGGAUAUAAAAACACUGAACACUAUAAUAACUAUAUUUUAACUAUCCAUGAUGUUCCUUGUCAUUGCUUUAUGACCUUUAUCAAUUUCUUUUACUAUUUUCAGUCAUCCACUACCAUAUAAGCAACCUUCAACCAGACUCGACUGCCAAGAACGGAAAAAGAUUCGUCCUUGUGGGAAGUUGGUCAAAUGGUCAACUGCAUAUAACCAGGCCAAUCUAUUGGAACGGCGGACGAAACACCACCCCCAUAUCAAGAUGCUCAUCUCCUUGCCCCCCGGGACAUUCCUCCGUGAAAGGCGACGUGUCGUGUUGCUGGAAAUGCGUACUUUGCCCUCCUGGACAAUUUAAAAUCGGAAUAGGGAACCAAGAAUGCGAUUCCUGCCAUGAAGGGUUUAUCCCAGAUUCCAACCGAACACGAUGCAUGCGCAUACCGGAAGAGUUCAUCCGCUGGGAUUCAGUAACGUCGGUUAUUUUGGUGUCGCUGUCUCUAUGUGGUGUCCUGGUGACUAGCUUUAUGUUCGGAGUCUACUUCAAAUACCGUAAGACCCCGAUAGUCAAAGCCGCCUCGAGAUAUCCGUCUUUAGUUUUACUCGUGUCUAUUGCGAUAAUGUUUGCAUUACCUUUGCUGUACAUCGGCCGACCAAAUAUAGCAAUGUGUCAUAUUCAACCAAUCGCUUUUGGGCUUCUAAUGACUCUAGCAAGUUCGUUGAUCCUGACCAAAACAUUCAGACUGAUUCAAAUUUUUAACAACAUUGUGGCAAAUCUAAAGGACCAACCCUUGGUUACGGUUAAGAUGGUGAUUGUGAUGGUAGCUUUAGAGGUUAUACUAAUAGCUUUGUUCCUAGAUCGAAGGCCGAUACAAGUUAAUACGGUUGUCGAAGAUGCCUCUGUUCCAAUAGACUGUGGCGCAUCAGCGAAAGAUCUGCACACCGCUGUACUGUUGUACAAUUGGUUGUUGGCAUUAAUCUGUGCUGUAAUGGCAUUUCGUGCUCGAUCCCUUCCUGCAAACUUCAAGGAAGCACGGUUGAUCAGCUUUGCUAUGUUCACCUUUUCUGUUAUAUGGCUUUUGUUCUUAAUCGUAUUCUCCGGGAGUAUAAUAAGUCACUUCUCAACAUAUAUAUGCGUUGCGAUCCUGGCGACAGCCCUAGAUUUCGUGGUGUGCAUGUUUGCACCAAAAAUAUUCGUCAUCCUGUUCAGGCCAGAGCUUAACGAGGUACGCCUGGUCCGCGCAGAUAUUUAUCGUUACGCCGUGAAACAAACUAACGCGCGCGUUCGCAUACACCAAAUGUGGAGUCAGCGGACUGAUCGCAUGCGCACUCAACUCGAGGGAUCGUUACCACAAAGCCAGCCCGCGCAUAUCUUCCAAGAAUCGAAGCUAUAG